ACUACAGGCCCCUCCCCGUCCGGAUACGUUGACCUGAGACCUUCGCCAGCAUGGUCGUCCCGCGCUCUGUGUUUGGCCUGUCGCUGCUCAUAAUCCUGAGGGCCGGCACAAGUGCAGGUAUUGGUUUUCACUUUGCCUCAUACAUCGAUAAUUACAUGGUACUGCAGAAGGAACCUUCUGGGGCAGUGAUCUGGGGCUUUGGUACACCCGGAGCCACGGUGACAGUCACCCUGUGCCAAGGUCAGGAAACCGUCAUGAAGAAAGUGACCAGUGUGCAAGACUCUGAUACCUGGAUGGUGGUACUGGAUCCUAUGAAACCCGGGGGACCUUUUGAUGUGAUGGCACAAGAGACUUUGGGGAUUAUGAAUUUCACCCUGAGAAUUCAUGAUGUCUUAUUUGGAGAUGUCUGGCUUUGCAGUGGGCAAAGUAACAUGCAGAUGACUGUCUUACAGGUCUUUAAUGCCACACAGGAGUUGUCUGACACUUCUGCCUACCAGUCUGUCCGCAUCUUCUCUGUCUCUCUCAAUUAUGCAGAGGAGGAGCUGGAGGACCUUAGCAAAGUUGACUUGUCGUGGUCCAAGCCCACUCCAGAAAACUUAGGCCAUGGAAACUUUACUUACAUGUCAGCAGUGUGCUGGCUCUUCGGGCGUUACCUGUACGAUACCCUGCAAUAUCCCAUUGGGCUGGUCUCCUCCAGCUGGGGUGGGACACCUAUUGAAGCCUGGUCAUCUAGAAGGUCACUGAAAGCCUGUGGAGUCCCUAAAACAAGGAAAGAAAGUGUUACGGAAAAAUCAGAGACCAAUAGCCAAAGUCAGAGAUUUCCCUGCUGCCAAGUUCUUAAUUACCAGCACAUGGCAAAAGCUUUCCAUUUCCAUAAUAAAAGCAUUCCUCAGCCUCUGAGAAAUCCCAUGAGGAGUGAGUCCAAGAGAAAGGGGCCUCCUUUUAGGGGGUCCAUUUCAAAGUAUUUUGUAAUUGGUCCCAAAGAGGAUUGUGUUCUCUGGAAUGCCAUGAUCCAUCCACUGCAUAAUAUGACUCUGAAAGGGGUGGUGUGGUACCAGGGGGAGUCCAAUGCGGAUUAUAACAGGGACCUUUAUAAUUGCACGUUCCCUGCACUCAUUGAAGACUGGCGCGAGACCUUCCACCAUGGCUCCCAGGGGCAGACAGAGCGUUUCUUUCCAUUUGGAUUUGUCCAGCUGUCUUCAUACUGGUCUGUGAACAAGUCCGAUUAUGGAUUUCCUCAGAUCCGUUGGCAUCAAACAGCAGACUUUGGUUUUGUCCCCAACCUGAAGAUGCCCAAUACUUUCAUGGCUGUCACUAUGGAUCUCUGUGAUAGGAACUCGCCUUUUGGCAGCAUCCACCCUCGAGAUAAACAGACUGUGGCCUAUCGACUGCACUUGGGAGCUCGAGCUGUGGCUUAUGGUGAGAAGAACUUGACCUUUCAAGGACCGCUACCUAAGAAAAUAGAAUUCUUUGCUAGCAGUGGACUUCUGAACCUCACAUAUGAUCAACAAAUCCAGGUGCAGAGGCAAGACAGCAAGAUCUUUGAGAUCUCCUGUUGCAGUGACCACCAAUGCAAGUGGCUUCCAGCUCCCAUGACCACUUUCUCUACUCAGACCCUAAGCUUGGGUACCAGUGCUUGUCUUGGCACUGUGACUGCUCUUCGCUAUGCCUGGACCUUGUGGCCCUGUGAAUAUAAGCAGUGUCCCCUUUAUCACCCCAGCAGUACCCUGCCUGCUCCUCCCUUCACCACUCUUAUUACAGACCAGGUUCCUGGGCAUUAGGGCAGGGUUGCCAAAUGACAUUUGCAAUAUUACCAGAUCUGAAAGCAAGGGUGAUUUGGGUAUAUAGGACUUUAAAUGAUGACAACUGUUGCUCUUAAAGGAAAUUAGUAGAAAGCUUCAUUGACUAGUUCCCAGCUAGCACAUGGCUACUUCUGUAUCCCUAGAUGAACACCGGCAGCAGGAACCUGAAGUGCUCUGUCAUUGCUCCCUGGCUGAUCUAAUCCUCUGUGCUGGAUUAACUGAACUACAGCCACCCUGGGACUCAAUGCCAUUCACUUCCCUCAUAUUAUUGGGAGUGAAAUGCCUAAUGUAUUUUCCCCCUUUCAUCCAGAACUAUGGAAUCUCAGGCCUGGAGAUUUCAAAAGCCUUGGAUGCUAGUGUUUCAUGUAUUCUUCACAAACCCCCUGAAAAAUGGUAAUAGAACUCUAAAAAGUUUCUGAGUUUUCCAAUAUGUGGAAACUUUACUACUCUGUGACAGAUCUUUCAGGUAACUAGAGACAGACCUAUGUGUAUUCUCUCUAAGCUCCCCAAACAAUUCUGCUUUUCAAUGUACAUUAUGAUAAUGUGAAUGUUUAAGACAGACAAAUCAACUACGUCAGGCAUACUGGCAGGGGCCAAUGGCCUGACUUAACGAGUAGAGAUGGAGCCAGGGCAUGCUCUCAGGCGAAGGGUGGGGAAAUCACAACAAGCACAGGGUCUUAUGAAAACAGGAACCUGGGGCAAAUAAGUCCUUAAAUUAAGCCUCAGGUUCCUGAAAGGUAGGCAUAGAUCAGUAAAGCUAAUCUUCGUAAAAGUUAGGCUGAAGGUCAAGUUACAUGAUGAUAAGCUUCCAGAAAAAUAAUGCAGAUGAGACAAAGGUCAAAGCGAGUUUUUAUGUGUAUUAUUAAGAAUGCAGUUUGCUGGCUGAUUAAAAAGAGCUGGCAACUCUUGAAAGUCAUAUCUAUUAGAAGUUGGGGGACUGGAAAGAUGGCUCAGCUAUUAAGAGCACUGGCUGUUCUUGUAGAAGACCUGAGUGUGAAUACCACGCCCACAUGGUAGUUAACUACCAUCCAUCACUCCAAUUCCAGGGGAUCUGAUGCCUUCUUCUCUCCUCCGUGGGUCCUGCACAACACAGGUGCACUUACAUGCACACAGGCAUAACACUCAUACACAUAAUUUUUAAAAAGUUGGAAAUAAAAGUAUUGUGAUUAGUGAUAUGUAUAUAUUUAUAUCCAGUCCGUACUGUUAGGAACAGAUUUAUAAAUAGUCCUUGAAGCAGGGGAAAGGAGUAGAAUGUCAUGUGCUUUUGUUCUUAAAUGUGCGAAGUGGGAACUGAAGCAAUAAGCAUUCUUUACAGCUGUCUUCCGAGAGGCUCUGGUGUCAUUAAAGCAGCAAGCAAAACUUUGUGUCAAGAGUUUAUUUGGUUAAAAAAAAAACAAAAAACACAAACUACACAUUUUUUAAGUCCUUCUCUGAGGACUUACAGCCUAAUUCACUCCUAACACCCACACUUUGAUAUAGGCACCUGGCCCCUUGGGAACACAAGCCUAGUAACACUCAGCUCUUGAGAAAGUCUACCUGCCUGUCCCUCCCACAAGCCCUGGUACAUACAAACUCUCAUACACAUGCCUAUGGAUAUUCAUUGUAGAAGCAUUAGGUACCCAAGUACCCCAAGCCAAAGGUCCUUUAACUCUUGAUAAUCCAGCACCUACAGUAUAAAAACUUUGUGUUAGGUAUAUACUAUAAUGCAUAUAGUAAUGAAGUUGUGUAAAUUAAAUUGCUGCUAGUAGUGGCUAAUUUAGAAUACUGUGUGGUGAUUGUGUAUUUGCUCAUAUGAAAAGAAUUUUUGACUGUUUGAAGAUAAAUCACUAACUAGAUUUGAACUAAAGAAAAAAACCACCCCCAAAUAAUUUCUGAAUGAGCAAUUCUUGCUAAACUUUGACUUGCUUAUAUAUGCUGUAUAGUGCAUAGACAUGCAUGCACACACAUACAUUACAGUUGAAACCAAUCUUUCUAUAAUGUAUUUGAGUGUGAUGUGUAUUCUGAUUUAAAUUUUAAGAUGAUGAAGGUGUUGACUCCUUAAGUUUAUGCAGUUAAUAGAUUAAGAGUUGUAGUUCAAACAGUUGUAAUGAACUUGUACUAAUCAUAAAGUUAAAAACCCCCAAUCCCAAAAAUGUUUUUCUAAAACAAAACUUUGAGUAUGUCUUUUUCUCAGGUUGUAAUAAUAUUUUUAUAUGAUAAAUGGAGUGAGCAUUCAACUUAACACUAAAACAUGAGUUUUGAGUAACUGCCCUUCUUACCUGAUUUGCUAUUAUCCAAGUUUUAUAUUCUUUUGCAGUGUAAAAGUUAUACAAAGACUGUAUCCAUUAAAAGCUGGGGUUAUUGGCAUCUGCUUAUCACAUACAGGCACUCUAGAGGAUGUUGAAGGCCUGAGGAACAGGACUUCCGGGCCAGCCUGGGCUACAUGGUAAAACUCUCCUACUGGCCAGCUCUAUUAAUGGCACAAAGUAAUGUGGCGCUGCACUGGUGGGGACUGAUACAGAAAGCCUCCCUUUAAUGCUAUAUGCAGGGUCCAAAGAAUUCACUUGUAUAUAAUGUGGAGUUAUUACAUGGUCAAAAUGAAAUGACGAGGUGUCUGUUGAGGAGGAAGAGGACUAAUUCCCAACUAUGUCAUAUCUGAUCUUGUGUUAACAUGUGAUUUCAACACACUGGGUUAAAAGCACAUUUUCUAACAAGGAACUGAGUGGUGAGGACUUUUUAACCCCUUGGAAGGAUGUACAAAAUGUGACAAAAAAUGGAGUCUGGGUUGCAGGGCCUAGGGGGACUUGCUAUUCCUUGAACUAGGGUUAGAAUCAAGGGUAUAAUGUCAGGCUCUUACUGCCCACCUCAUAAAUCGGAAGCUCCUAUGGAUUCAGUGUUAAAUCCUAAUCUCCACUGUGAUGAUAAGACUUGAGGUUUUACAGAGGUGAUUAGUUGUAAUUGCUCAGCAUUGGCUGCUCUUGCAGAGAAUCUGGGUUUGGUUCUCAGCACCCACAUGACGACUAAUAACUAUUCACAGUUCCAGGGGAUCUGAUGCCCUCUUCUGGCCUCCACAGACAUUAUACACACGUGCUGCACUUACAUACAUGCAGGCAAAACACUCAUAAAGAGUAUAUUUUUAAAGGGGCCUGACUGCUCCCUUCCACCAUGUGGUUUAUAGCAAAACAGCUAUCUAAGAAUCAGGAAGCAGUUCUUCACCAGACAUGGUUAACACCUUGAACUUUUGACUUUUCAGGCUCCCAAAUGGUGAGAAAUAAUUUCUUGUUUAUAAGCUACACAGUCUAUGGUAUUUUGUUAUAGCAACCCUAACAGACUAAGCAGGCUCAUAAAGAUUGAAGUUUACUUUAGG